AUGCGGGAGGAGACCCCGCCGCCGCCGGCUCCUCCUCAGCCGCCUCCGCCUCCUCCUCAGCCUCCUCCGCCUCCUCCUCCUGCUCCUCCGCCGCCGCCCAACGACUGGAACCUGCCGCCCAACGCCCCCGCCUGCAUGGAGCGGCAGCUGGAGGCGGCCCGCUACCGGCCCGAUGGCACCCUGCUCCUGGGGGCGUCCAGCCUGAGUGGCCGCUGCUGGACCGGCUCCCUGUGGGUGUUCAAGGAUCCCUGUGCAGCCCCCAACGAAGGCUUCUGCUCGGCUGGUGUCCAGACAGAAGCGGGGCUGUCCGACCUCACGUGGGUGGCUGACAGAGGCAUCUUGGUGGCUUCUGAUUCUGGUGCAGUGGAGCUGUGGGAAUUGGACGAGAACGAGACGCUUAUUGUCAGCAAGUUCUGUAAAUAUGAGCACGAUGAUAUCGUCACAUCCGUCAGCACCCUCACCCCCAGCCUGCAGGCGGUCAGUGGCAGCAAAGACUUCUGUGUGAAGGUUUGGGACUUGGUUCAACAGACAGUACUAAACACGUACCGAGCGCACUCCGGCCAGGUGACGUGUGUGGCCGCUUCUCCCCACAAGGAUGCUGUGUUUCUGUCGUGCAGUGAGGACAACAGGAUCUUACUGUGGGAUACUCGGUGUCCGAAGCCUGCAGCUCGGCUCAACUGUGGGGCCCCUGGUGUCCUUCCUACUUCCCUGGCCUGGCACCCUGAGCAGAGUGACUCCUUUGUUUUUGGCGAUGAGAAUGGUACUGUCUCCCUGGUGGACACGAAGAGCCCCGGCUCCUCCCUGACCUCGACCGUUCACUCCCAGAGCAUCACAAGGCUGGUCUUCUCCUCACACAGCUCUCCCUUUCUCGCCUCUGUCAGCGAAGAUUGUUCGGUAGCUGUACUGGACCCCAGCCUCUCAGUGGCGUUCAGAAGCCACGCGCACAGGGACUUUGUGCGAGACGCCACCUGGUCCCCCCUGAAUCCCAACCUGCUCACCACAGUCGGCUGGGACCACCGGGUCAUCCACCACACCGUGCCUCUGGAUCCCGCCCCACGCCCCGCUCCCGAGGCCAACAGCAUUAGCGAGUAGCUGGUCAGGGGCCCCGGACUCCUGGGUCCCCCGUGAGCAGAGGGAGAGAGCCAUUUAGCUUUAUUUUUGUCUCUUGUUUUCUCCCUCGCCGGAGUCCAACUGACCAAAACGAGACCCAGAAAGACCGUCUCCAACCAAGAGAUCCAGCAGCAUCCCAGAAAUGGAAGGAUGGGGGCUCAGUUGAUGCUGGAGUUGGGAGUCCCUGGCAGCCGUCCCCACGAGGAGCUGGACGGAGCCGGGGAGCCACUGGGACAUUGGCUCUCCAUCCCCUUUCUUCCCUUCUGGUCCAGUCCAGUCUGGUCCUCCAACAGGGAAGUUCUCCCCCACUCCACCUUUAAGAGUCUGGUGCUGGGAGCCUCUCCCCCUUCCACCCGCUCUUAUACCUAGUGUUAUUUUGAAUUGGGUCAGGAUCCAUCUGUUACUUCCCAGGAACCAGCGGUUAAGACGGCCAAGCAAAUGGGGAAGGGGAGACGGGGGAACCCCCUUUACUUUUAGGCCCAGGUCCAAGUUCCAGGGAAUGGAGAGAGGAGACGGGGUGGGCUAAUCCCCCAUCAAGUGUGAAGUCUGUGAUGUUCCCUCAGACAUUUCUGGUUUGCUGUCUGUGUUGGAUCGAGCUCGUGUUCUUAGGAGGGAGUUUUGAUUAAUAAAAAUAAAGAGCAGGUCCAGACAGACUUUUUGGCAGAGGCUCCUGGGGAGACUCGGCCACGCCCUGCUACAGUCUCUUCCCCGGGUGUCUGGGGCAAUCUCCUCAAAGGGGCUUUGUCACUCACAUGCAGGAGCUUUAAGAACCCCUCUAGCCCUUACCGGUUCCCAAAAGCUGAGCCAUUCGAAACUGUCUCCAUGGCCCUUGAGCUUGGUGGCCUGACUGAGCUGAGGUUGUUGAUAAGACUUGGCAGAGACUGCUAAUGGAGAAUCCAAAGUUGUGUUUAUUGAAAUAAAAAACUUGGGUUUUUUUUGGUGGGGGAGGAGGGGGGUGGUCCUUCCUCCCCUCCCCCAACUGAAAAAUU